GGCCCAGGACAGGGAAAGAAGACUGCUGAGGAUAGGGGCUGGAGGCCGGAUGUGGCCAGCACACUGAGGGCUUGACACACUCACUCACACAAAAGAGGCCGGAAAGUGUCCGGAGGGGAGGAAGCCGGUGCGUCACGGGGACGGAGUUGAGACCCUGUCGCGCCCGCCCAGCCGCGUCCAGGGUACACAGCCCCGCAAACCCAGCCUUGCUCCCCCGCCACCACAGCCACCGCGGACGCCGCCAAUGAACGUCUUCCCGCUCCUAGUGGUUUUUUCCACUUUGUUGAAUUGUUUCUGUACUCAAAAUUGCACCAAGACUCCUUGUCUCCCAAAUGCAAAAUGUGAAAUACGUAAUGGAGUUGAAGCUUGCUAUUGCAACAUGGGAUUUUCAGGAAAUGGUGUCACAAUUUGUGAAGAUGAUAAUGAGUGUGGAAAUUUAACACAGUCCUGUGGUGAAAACGCUAACUGCACUAACACAGAGGGAAGUUACUAUUGUAUGUGUGCACCUGGUUUUAGAUCCAGCAACAACCAAGACAGGUUUAUCACUAAUGAUGGAACCAUCUGCAUAGACAUAGAUGAGUGCAGUGAAUCAGUUGUCUGUGGUGAUCAUGCCGUGUGCAAAAAUGCGAAUGGUGGUUAUAACUGCUCCUGCGAGGAAGGUUAUAAGACAUCCACAGGAAAACCACAGUUCACACCUAAUGAUGGCACUUACUGCCAAGAAAAUGUGAAUACAAACUGCUAUUUAAAUAAUGCCUGUAUUGCUGCAAAUGUUAAUAAAACUUUAAUAAAAAUUAAACCCAUAGAAGAACCUAUGGCUUUGCUACAAGAAGUCUAUAAAAAUUCUGUGACAAAUCUUUCACCAAUGAAUUUAAUUAUAAAUAUAGAAAUAUUAGCCGCAUCAUCCCCAUUACUAGGUGACAUGAAUAGCACUGUCUCAGGCAAGGACACCCUUUCUAAUUCAACUCUUACUGAAUUUGUAAAAACUGUGAAUAAUUUUGUUCAAAAGGAUACAUUUCUAGUUUGGGACAAGUUACCUACAAAUCAUAGAAGAACUCAUCUGACAAAACUGAUGCACGCUGCUGAACAAGCUACCUUAAAAAUCUCUCGGAACUUCCAAAAGACCACUCAGUUUAAUACGAAUUCAAGUGAUGUAGCACUCAAAGUUUUCUUUUUUGAUUCAUCUCAUGUGAAACAUAUUCAGCCACAUAUGAAUGUAGAUGGAGAUUAUAUAAAGAUAUUUCCAAAGAGAAAAGCUGCAUAUGAUUCAAAUGGCAAUGUCGCAGUUGCGUUUCUGUAUUAUAAGAGUAUUGGUCCCUUGCUCUCAUCAUCUGACAACUUCUUAACGGAAGCUCAAAAUUCUGAUAAUUCUGAAGAGGAGGAAAAAGUCAUCUCUUCAGUAAUUUCAGUCUCAAUUAGUUCUAACCCACUCACACUCUAUGAACUUGACAAAAUAACGUUUACAUUGAGUCAUAUAAAGACCACAGAUGAGUAUGGGAGUUUAUGUGCAUUUUGGAAGUACUCACCUGAUACUAUGAAUGGGAGCUGGUCUUCAGAAGGUUGUGAGAUGACACACUCGAAUGAGACCCACACUUCUUGCCGUUGUAAUCACUUGACACAUUUUGCAAUUUUGAUGUCUUCUGGUCCUUCUAUUGGCAUUAAAGAUUAUAAUAUUCUUACAAGGAUCACUCAACUAGGAAUAAUUAUUUCACUAAUUUGUCUUGCUAUAUGCAUUUUUACCUUCUGGUUCUUCAGUGAAAUUCAAAGCACUAGGACAACAAUUCAUAAAAAUCUCUGCUGUAACUUAUUCCUUGCUGAACUUGUGUUCCUUGUUGGGAUCAAUACAAAUACUAAUAAGCUCUUCUGUUCAAUUAUUGCUGGACUGCUACAUUACUUCUUUUUAGCUGCCUUUGCAUGGAUGUGCAUUGAGGGUAUACACCUCUAUCUCAUUGUCGUGGGUGUCAUCUACAACAAAGGAUUUUUGCACAAGAAUUUUUAUAUCUUUGGCUACGUCAGCCCAGCUGUGGUAGUUGGGUUUUCAGCAGCAUUAGGAUACAGAUAUUAUGGGACCACCAAAGUAUGUUGGCUCAGCACAGAAAACAACUUUAUUUGGAGUUUCAUAGGACCAGCAUGUCUUAUCAUUCUCGUAAAUCUCUUGGCUUUUGGAUUUAUCAUAUACAAAGUUUUUCGUCACACCGCAGGGCUGAAACCAGAAGUUAGUUGCUAUGAGAACAUAAGGUCUUGUGCAAGAGGAGCCCUUGCUCUCCUGUUCCUCCUUGGCACCACCUGGAUCUUUGGGGUUCUCCAUGUGGUGCAUGCAUCCGUAGUUACAGCUUACCUCUUCACAGUCAGCAAUGCCUUCCAGGGGAUGUUCAUUUUCUUGUUCCUGUGUGUUUUAUCUAGAAAGAUUCAAGAAGAAUAUUAUAGAUUGUUCAAAAAUGUUCCUUGUUGUUUUGGAUGUUUAAGGUAAACAGAGAGAACAAUGGAUAAUCAGAUAUUUUUUGUGUAACAGAGUUACACAAAAAUUUAUAGACGAAGCUGUGGUUGACCAAUACAUACCAUGAUCAAUUUUUUAUAAACUAGUAGAUAAACAUUUUAAAUAUUUUUUUCUGUUUACAAUAGAGGAAUAGUAUAAACAAUAGAAGGCAAAAAAAUAUGUAUCAUAUAGCUAUAGUAUGCUAUCCUACAUGACAGCUAUGUCAAGAAGAGUACUGCAGGUAUUUGGAAAGUAAUUGGUUUCUCAGGAAUGAUAUCAUUGUGCUCAAGAAAAGAUUUUUCUUCUAGCACAAGAAAUAUAUGAAUAUCCUGAAGGAAACCAGUGGCUUGAUAUUUCUGUGACUCAUGUUGCCUUUGAAAACUAGUCCCCUACCACCUUGGUAAUGAGCUCCAUUAUAGAAAGUGAAACAAGAGAAUAAAAGUAGAAUGACUGUUAUCAUGAUGAGAUGUAUUUUGAAUAAACUUAUUUUUUAUUAACUAGAUGAUAAAUUGUUGAGAUAAAGAAUUGAAUAAACAUGUUACCAUUGUGUGAA